GACAAUGGUACGUGCGUGGUAUCUAGAAGGCGAUGGAUUGGACAAUCCAAGAGAUGAGCAUCAAAGAUUGCCUCCAAAGUUCAUCACUCUUGAAGACUUGUAUCGCAAAACCGGUGUUGAACAUCACACUUUGAAUGUCGACACUUGUGAAACAGAUGGUUCGUUGGAAAAAUUAAAGGAAGAAAAAGGCUACAAGUUUGAAGAUUUUCUUGAAACUCCCUCAGAAGCUAAUUUGGUGGAAUCCUACAAGGAACAUCUUCACGAAGAGGAAGAAAGUCGGUUGGUACUUGAAGGGUGUGGUUACUACGACAUACGCGACAACGAGGAAUGGAUUAGAGUCGAAGUGGUUCCAGGCGAUCUAAUUGUGGUACCUAGUGGGUGCUAUCACAGGUUUAUGUUGGAUCACACUAAUUGUUUUGAAGCGAAAUUGUUUUUUAAAAAUCCACAUUAUAAAGUUUUUGAACGUCCUGCAGAUAAUUUGGCCUGUCGUCAAGAGUACCUCAAGAAAUUGCACAAUGGAGAGUUUGAAUUUCAAGAAUCAUGAAAAAAAUUCCAAUUUGUAGUUGUUGUAGCUUCAUUAAUAAAUAAACACCUCGUAUUAGUCUAAUUUUCAAAGUGUCUAUAUACUGGGUGAACAAAAAGCAUGUUUU